AUGUCAUCAUCGAUAUCUGAUUGGAUCCGGAAUUUUUUCCAACCAUCAACAUCUUAUCAAAGAGUUGGUACUAGCAGCAAUAGCAGUAUACCAGGAUCUUUCCCCACUGAACAAGAAUCAAAUUCACCACCACAUCCACCAUCAUCAAGAAUCAGUCCCGUUUUCAAUUCACAAACAAUAAAUUCAACCUUUCGUAAUUUAUCAUCUUGGCUUAAUUAUUUAUUAAUUCAACCAUUGAUUAUUAUAAUAUUAGUAAUAUUUCGAAUAUUAUCAACAAUUAUUAACGUCAUUUAUUUUCAAAAUCAAUCACCGUCAAUAGUUAAUGGGAGUGGUGGUGGUGGUGGUAGUGGCAGUGGUAUAGAUGGUAGUACAAAUAAUAAUAGUCGAUGUGAAUUUGUUGAUCCAGUAGCUAAAGCUAGUAAAUUUAUUAGAGAUUUGGAAGAUAAUUUACAACCACCGCUGAUAUUGCAAGGAAAUGAUAUUAAUAGUGGUGGUGGUGGUAGCAAUGAUACACACUCGCCGAUAACACUGGCAACAAGACCUGUAUCAGGAACAACAGUAACGACGACAACAACGACAACAUCAACCACGAUAUCUAAUAGUGAGAGAUUACCACCAUUUUUUCAAGGAAGUUAUACUCAGGCAUUAUAUAUGGCUACUAAAAGGGGGAAAUUUUUAUUUGUUUAUUUAACUAAUCCUCAUAAUGAAAAUGCCAAUGGAAUUUUCAAUAAUAUUAUUACUAAUGAAAUUUUUUUAAAAAUUUUCCGAACUAAUGAAAAUAUAAUUAUAUGGGGAGGUGAUUUAACUAAUCCUGAAGCUUAUCAAUUAGCUAAUAGUCUUGCUGUUACUAAAUUUCCAUUUUUAGGAUUAUUAUGUUUGACAAGAUCACUGAAAAUGACACCUGAAGGACCAAGGAAAACUGUUAGUAAAUUAUCAUUAGUUAGUAAAAUCCAAGGAAAUAUAAUUAAUACUCAGAGUUUAAGUUUAGGAUUACAUCAAUAUCAAAAUCAAUAUCAAGAUACAAAUUUUGAUGAUGGUAAUUUAUCAGUGGCUAAUGAAUUAAUUAAUAGGAAAUUUUUAACAAAAAUUGCAAAAUAUUCUCCAGAAUUGAAUUUAAUUCGUCAAGAAUUACAAGAUAAAUAUAUGAGUCAAAUAUUAUUAAAACAACAAGAAUUAAAUUACCAAAAAUCAUUACAAGCUGAUAAAUUGAAAAAACAAAAGAAACAAUAUGAUACAUUAUCAAAACAAUAUUUAAUUUAUCAAUUAGAUAGAUUUGAAAAAUAUUUAACAAAAGAUAGAGUUGCUAAUGAUAAUAUAGCGAAAAUUGCUAUUAAAUUGACUAAUGGGAAUAGAGUAACUGGAUAUUUUCCAUCUAAUAAUUCAAUUGACGAUAUAUUUAUAUUUGUUGAAUUGAUUAAUCGAGGAUAUUUAAAUGUUGCUAAUAAUUCAACAACAACAACAACAACAACAACAACAACUAAAUUAACAUCAACAUUAACUGAAUCACAAGCAUUAACAAAAUUUAAAGAUUUUAAAUUAAUUUACAAUUUUAAAUUAUUAUCACCAUUACCUCCUAAAAUUUGUUUAAAUGAUGUAUUAUCAUCAUCUAAAGAUACCACACCCACCGCCACCACCAUCAAGAUUAAUCAAUUUGAUAUAAUUUAUCCAAAUGGUUUAUUAAUAGUUGAAGAUAUACAAAAGGAUUAA